GAGACAGUAAGCAGCAUGAACAUGUUCUCCUGUUGGACUCUUCCAUCUGACCAAGACGAGCCGCACAGGCGGGUAAACGAACCGGAGAAGAAGGUAAAGAAGAGAAAAUGGUGGCAGAGACGCCAGAAGGUGGAGAUGCAGGACGUGGAGGAUGAGAAGGGAAACGGGGUAAAGGGUGAAGAGAUGGGGCAAGGAGUGGAGCAGAAGGUUUUAGAGGACCAGGCAGACCAAACACCAAAGAUGGAGAAGCAGGGGGUUCUGGGAAAAAACAAACCUGAGAAGAAAGUAAAGAAGACAAAAUGGUGGCAGAGACGCCAGAAGGUAGAGAUGCAGGACGUGGAGGAUGAGAAGGGAAAUGAGGUAAAGGGUGAAGAGAUGGGGCAAGGAGUGGGGCAGAAGGUUUUAGAGGACCAGGCAGACCAAACACCAAAGGUAGAGAUGCAGGUGGCCCCACGGGACCUGGUGGAAGAACCAGAACAGGUCGUUGUAAAGGACCAGAGGAGGAAACCAGUAAACAAGGUGGUUCUGGUUUGUGAGAUUGAGAUGAAGAAGUUAGAGCAGGUGGACCCAGUGGAGCAGGUUGAAGAAACAGAGCAGGUCAUCCUGAAGAACCAGUGGAUGGGACAUGUAAAAAAUAAGAUUCAUUGCAUAGAGAAUAAGAUAAAGAAGGAGGAGAGGCAGAUGGUCCAGCUGAACCUGGUGGAAGAACCAGAGCUGGUCAUCCUAAAGGAGCAGGGGAAGGGACAGGUAAAAAAUAGGGUUAGUUUUAUAGAGAAUGAGAUGAAGAAGGAGGAGAGGCAGGUGGACCCGCUAAACCUGGUGGAAGAACCAGAGCUGGUCAUCCUAAAGGACCAGGGGAAGGGACAGGUAAAAAAUAGGGUUAGUUUUAUAGAGAAUGAGAUGAAGAAGGAGGAGAGGCAGGUGGACCCCCUAAACCUGGUGGAAGAACCAGAGCUGGUCAUCCUAAAGGAGCAGGGGAAGGGACAGGUAAAAAAUAGGGUUAGUUUUAUAGAGUAUAAGCUAAAGAAGGAGGAGAGGCAGGUGGACCCAGUGAAUAAAACAGACCAGUUCGUGAAGAAGGAGGAGAGGCAGGUGGCCCCGCUGAACCUGGUGGAAGAACCAGACCAGGACAUGAAGAAGGAUCCAGCAGCUUUGGAGGACAAAAUGUGGAAACUGAAAGAACAGAACCUGGAUAGAGGAAGCACUGAAGAUCCACUGAAGAACGUCUCCGAGGUGUCUUCAAACAAACCAGACCCCCAGCAGCUGCAGGACGACGUUCUUGUUCCCAUCGUCGAAGCCCAACCUGAAGAGUCCGGGGCUCUGAUGGAGAGCGCGUGUGAAGAUAAAGGUGUCCCGAUGCCGAAGUCGAGGAGAACCAGCCUGAGAACCAAACGGUUCCAGUUCUUCAACGUCUGAAGCUGAGGUGGUGACGAUCCGGAGAUCAUCCAAUCACACGCCGACUUUUCCAACAUCAAAAUAACAAUAAAGUGCCUUCAUGAA